CAUACCAUCCUGGUUUGUAGCAGUCUGGGAAUCAUCUGCUCAUCGCAGCAAGCUUCCUCUCUCCCAGUUAUAAACCAAAACCGCAACAGGUUCAGGACGAUAUUAGUGUUCUAGAUGGGAUUUAAGGAAUAACGUCGCCAGGGGGGAUUUGUCCUAAACUAGGAAGAGGAUGAAACGAGCAGCCACGGAAGCUGCCGCUACCCUCCUUUGCAAUGAACGAUGUCUGUGAACAGAGGAGCUCCCUCUAGCCGUUAGUGCUCCCCACCUGCAGCUAUGAAUGAUGCAGUCAGCAUGUGGAUCAUCAGUCCAGAGGAGAGGCUGAAACAUGAUAAACAGUUUGACUCUCUAACACCUGUCCUGGGAUACUUAUCAGGUGAACAGGCAAAGACGUUUUUCCUCCAGUCUGGCCUGCCCCCUCCUGUCCUGGCUGAGAUCUGGUCCCUAGCUGAUAUGGGUAGUGACGGGAGGAUGGACCAGCUGGAGUUCUCUAUCGCCAUGAAGCUGAUUAAACUGACGCUGCAGGGGCGGGGCCUUCCCCCCUCUCUACCAAUCAGCAUGAAGCAGCCGCCCACUACCACGCCCACCUCCAUUAUGACGUCAUCAGCACGCUUCGGAAUGGGCUCAAUGCUAAAUCUGUUGGUCAGCAUGCCCGUCCUGACCCCGAUGCCCCUUGAACCCUCCGUGACCUCCGUGCCCUCCCUGGUUCCCAUGACGAUGACCCUGCCCCUGGCCAAUGGCGACUCCAGCCUCCUCUCCCCCGCCCCAAUUGGCACCACUCCAGCACUCCCUCUGUCCAGCUUCUCCUCUCCAAUGGCAUUCUCUCCAUCCACUGGGAUCUCCAAGGCUAACUCCCCAUUGGACCUGUCCUCUAGCAGUUCUAACUCCUCCUCCACCACCUCCCUGGCCAGUAACUCUCCCAAGAUGUGCUCCUGUGAUUGGUCCGUUCCCCAGUCCGCCAGGCUGAAGUACAGACAACAGUUUAACAGUCUGGACAAGCUGAUGAGUGGAUACCUCUCUGGCCCUCAGGUGAGGAACGCUCUGACUGCCUCCAACCUGACCCAGACACAACUAGCUACCAUCUGGACCCUGGCUGAUGUCGAUAAGGACGGUCAGCUGAGAGCUGAGGAGUUUAUUCUGGCCAUGCACUUGGUAGACAUGGUUAAGACAGGACGCCCGCUACCCCUCACCCUGCCCUCAGACCUGGUGCCCCCCUAUCUCAGAGAUAUCAGACCAGUAGAGAUGUUGAAUGGAAUGGGUCCCUACCUCUCCACUGGCCUGAUAGACGGGACAACAGAACCUGCACACAAGAACAAGAACAACGUAUCGUAUGAAGACAGGCUGAAGGAGAACUUUGCGCGAGGCAGCGCUGAGCUGGAGAAACGCCGUCUGGCUCUAGAAGAUAAACGGAGGGAGAAGGAGAGGAGAGAGAGGGAGGCCAGGGAGGUGCAGGAGAAGGAGAACAGGAGACAUCUGGAAGAGGAGAGACUGAGAAACAUGGAGAGACAACGAGAGGAGGAGAGACAGAGGAAAGAGAGAAAGGAGGGGCUGGAGCGCCGGCGGAGGGAGGAGUGGGAGCGAGGGAGGAAGGAGGAGUUGGGGAGGAUGAGAGAAGGAGAGCAGGAGGAGAUCGCUGUGCUCCGAGCCAAGAAGAAGAGUUUGGAGAUGGAGCUGGAGGCUGUGGGCAGCAGACACAAGCAGCUAUCAGAUAGUCUCCGUGACGCUCGGAGUAAGAGCCGGAUCCAAAGAGCGGAAAUUGAUCUUGUCAAUCAGAGGAGAGAUGGGCGUGCCUCCAAGAUCAACACCCUGCAGACGCAGUUGGAGGACUACCAGAGGAAACUGUGUCUGCUGGUUCCACAAAAACAGAGACUGACAGAGAGACUCAAGAACAUGGGCUGCAACAACAUCCCUGCCGUGGCAAUGACCUCUGUGGGUGGCAGCGUUGCGGAGAAGGGCGUGGCCUGUCGGAGGCUGAAGGACCAAUUAGACGCUCUGGAGAGAGAGACCACCGACAAGCUGGCCAUGAUGGACCACUACCAGCAAGACAUCAAGGAGGAGAACACCAAACUGGAGAAGAACAUCAAGGAUUGGUACGUGAAGAAGCGCACAGUGAUCUGCCACGACUACAGCGCCUACUUCACCACCGUUGCAGACCUAAAGAACAAGAUCCGUUUGGCCUCCAGGGGCCAAUGCCAACGCUGUGCCGAGAGGAGGAGGUGCAGAGAGGAGGAGGAGAGGAGGCGGCGAGUAGAGCAGCAGGAGAGAGGAGGAGGCCAGCAUCCGGCGCUGACCUCCUGCAGAGCCCUGUACCCCUUCACCACACGCAACGCUGACGAGCUCAGCCUGGACGCUGACUGUUUCAUAGAGGUAGAUGAUGAGACGGCGGGGGAGCCUGGUUUGCUGUGUGGUUACCGUGGUUACCAGAGCUACGCUGAGAGAUGCCCCACCCCCCUUGCCCCUGCCCACACCCUACUUCCCCCCUCCUGUCCCCCGCUACCACCCAGCCCGGGGACCACUGUUGAUGAGUUGGAGAGCCCAGAUCCCAGCCAGCUGGAACAGUUCGUGGCCCUGUACACCUAUGAGAGCCCGGAGGCGGGCGACCUGACAUUCUCUGAGGGGGACGUAGUCAUGGUAACAGAGCAGGAGGGGGAGUGGUGGAGGGGGUGCAUUGGAAACCGGACCGGAGUGUUCCCUUCCAACUACGUCAAACCCAUGGAACCAGAGAUCACUAGGCCUGGAGCGGCUUCCAAGAAACCCGAGAUCGCCCAGGCGGUCAUGGCCACAGUCACCCUGACUACGGAGCAGCUAAGUCUGUCGCCGGGGCAACUGAUCGUGGUCCAGGCCAAGAACUCCACUGGCUGGUGGCUUGGGGAACUGCAGGCUAGGGGGAAGAGGCCACAAAGAGGCUGGUUCCACUCCUCUAAUGUCAAAGUCCUUGCUCCCACCAGCAACAAGACAACUCCUGCACCUGUCCCAGUGUGCCAGGUACGGCUACACAGCAGCCAAUCAGGACGAGAUGAGCUUCUCCAAGGGUCAACUGAUCAACGUUCUGGACAAUGACAACCCUGAUUGGUGGAAUGGAGAGGUCAACGGUGUCACGGGGCUGUUGCCACCAUGACAACUGAGUCCGACUCCAGCCAGUAAU